AUGGUCGUCCAAUUCUGCUCCGACUGCGGAAAUCUCCUCGACAACUCGCCCCAAGAUACCUUGGAGUGUGAGCUCUGCGGAAGAGUCGCAAAGAACGACGCCCUCUCCCACACCCAAGUCGCCGUCUCGGAAAAUUUCCCCUCGCGCCUCCGCAACAAAGUGAAAUCAUACACCCAGGAAGUCACCCGCGAGACGAUCGGAUCCGGGCCCAAGAUCGAAGUGGAUUGUGUCAAGUGUCCUUCGAAGGAUGUCACCUAUUCGCAGGUGCAACUGAGGAGUGCGGAUGAGGGAAGUACGAUUUUUUAUACUUGUUUGAAGUGUGGACACAGGUGA